AUGGUUAACAGGGUGCCCACUCUGCCAGCGGCCAAGAUGGUGAUUGACUGCGCAUCAACUGCGGCCGUCUCCAAUUCUGGCGAGCAGACAUCCAUCGCCAACUCUUCCUCACGCAGUGCUGCUGUCGAAGUCACUGGCGACUUAAGUCGUUGCCCGAGGCAAGCACCAACCGCCGUGCCUGAGUGCUUACGUAGCUCUGUAAAGCCUGAAUCUCCUGAUUCACAAGGAGCUGUCGUCUCCAGGAACAAUGUGCCAAGGAUGUCUCUCUGUCACGAGGACUUCUUUAAAGUUAGAAUGCCGAACGGCGAGCAUGUGCACCUCCUGGCACAGUACACUAUUUCUGCCACCGAAAACGGCGACGAUGCUGUUGUUGUGCUGGAUGAUCCUGGGGACGACUUGAGCCGUCUUAUUCGCGACUUUUCUAACCAGGUGUGA